AUGCUUGAUGACUGCCAUAACCCAAAUCAACUAGGAGUAGCUAUCGAUAAAAUAUUUCGUGAAGUGCCCAGGCCAUCACAGCGCAUGCUUGUGCAAAUCUUACAAGCAUGUUCUCGUGUCGCUGGCCAAACAACGACUGCAGAGUACUUGACAGAGGAGCACCAAGUAAAACCGAAUUCAAGCCCAUUAGACGCAUAUAUCCUGUCACUCGAUCAACGACCGGGGGCUGAAACGUACGAUAGAUCCACAAUCAUUCAAUUAGCGCAGAACAAGAUAAUCGCUCAAGUACCGAGUGAAAGAAUCAAGGCACCAGCCUACGCCGCCUACCUCUCUCUUCUAGCUAACUGGGGCGAUCUGCCAACCACUCUUUCAGCUUUCAAUCAAGCUAAAAAGGUAGGAAUCCUACCUGACCUGGACAUGUACAAAGCGGUCAUCACAGCGUGUGCGAAAACCGGUGACCAUGACACGGCUUACAAAAUCAUUGAUGAAGCGGCCAUGGCAGCACUCAAGGUGAUGAAGACAGGCUACUGGCUACAAAUUGCUCUCAGGCUGACCAUCGGCGCUGAAAUUGGAAAAUAUACUGCCAUAGGAUUAAUGGGGCUUGUGCCAAAUAUUGGGACCAGCAUCCCAGCUGGAGUUGGCUUAACAAUAGGUGUCGUCAUUGGUGCUAGACUUGCAGUAGGCACGGCGCUGCGAGAGGCCACCAUCUUCUUGCCGAAGAAGACAUUCCUCCAGCAAAACAUCGCGGAAAAAGGUGCCCAUAGAGACCAACAAGUGGAUCAUCGAGCAGAGAGCACCAAAUCGAUAUUUGGAUCACUUAGAGAUGUUAUACCGAAAUCCGACAAAGAUGUACGCGUGGAGCUGAAUACUUAUAUGGUGAACGAAUUCAGAAGAAUGGAUGGUGGUGGAUAA